AAACGGAGGGCCACGCCAUGGCUUUCGUAAGCACCAGGUGGCAAACUAGUGCUUCACUUCCACUUGAUGCGGUCAAAGAGAUUCCACAUCGCUUUGCUAGUGCUACAUCUACAUACACACACCAUUGCAGAUCCACAAACUGCAAGGUUGCUACCCAACCCGACUCCGACACGUCAGUCAUGGAAGCCUCAACGGCACAGGCGCCGGCGAAGACCGUUCUGAGGGUGGCGGCGAUCUCCGGCUCGCUCCGCAGGGCGUCGGCCAACACCGGCCUCAUCCGCGCCGCCGCGGAGAUCUGCAAGGACUCCAUCCCGGGGUUGCAGCUCGACCACGUCGACAUCUCCGAGCUGCCGCUGCUCAACACCGACCUCGAGGUCGACGGCGGCUUCCCUCCGGCCGUCGAGGCGUUCCGCGCCAAGGUCCGCGCGGCCGACUGCUUCCUCUUCGCCUCGCCCGAGUACAACUACUCCAUUUCAGGCCCUCUGAAGAACGCGCUAGAUUGGGGAUCACGGCCGCCGAACUGCUUUGCAGACAGAGCCGCGGCGAUCCUGAGCGCGUCGGGCGGCUCCGGCGGCAGCCGGUCGCAGUACCACAUCCGGCAGGUCGGGGUGUUUCUUGACAUCCAUUUCAUCAACAAGCCAGAGAUCUUCACCAAAGCACACAUGCCCCCCAAAAAGUUCGAUGAUGAUGGCAACCUGAUCGAUCCAGAGACCAAGGAGCAGCUCAGGAAGAUGCUCCUGUCGCUACAAGCUUUCGCGCUCAGGCUCCAGGGGAAGACUGCAAGCUCUGAACAGGGGAGUUGAUGGCUCCAUUUGUUUCUUGUAUUGGGGUGAAUAGUACUUACUAGUUUUCAUUGGAUUGUCCGAGCAGAUCAUUGCACUCCAAAUGCCGGAGUGAUCUGUGCUAGCGUACACUCGAAUUGAUGUCUUGAAUAAUUCUGUGCGACUGAACAUUUCGGUGGCAAUAAUGCAAAACCACAUUUAUCAUCC